UCAGCAUUUGUCGUAACUUCAUUUUUGCGAUUUUGUGAUAUAUACAUUUUUGGAAUCUGCGUAAUUUUGUUUAUUAAACUAACUUGAGAAAUAAAAACUUCUAAACCUCAAUUAAAAAUUAUUUUAAAUAAAAAUUAUCGUAACUACAUUAAAUUUGAUAAAAUUUAUCAGCAUUUCUCGUAACUUCCAUUUUUGAUGAAGUUACGAUAAAUUUUCAUACAAAAUUUUCUCUAAUCAGCAUUUCUCGUAACUUUCUCGUAACUGUCACAAUAAUAUGCAUUCUAUUUUCAACAUUUAUCGUAACUUCGGAAGCUCAGAGAAACUAUUUGAAAUUUGAAGCGAUAUUGUAAUUCAUCUCAAAAAAAUAAUUAUGAAUUCUUUUUUAAAGACUCAAAGAGAAUUUUAAAAUUACAAAUGUAAAUCAUUUUUAUAAUAAAUUUAUAAGAGAAUAUGUAUUGUUCACUCUUAGAUUUUUUUAUGACCAUUUUGCGAUUUUGUUAAAAAUGCAAAUUUUUUCCAUUUAUUAAAAGAGAGCACAAUGCGAAGUAAAUGCCUCUCUGUUAUUGGUCUCUAAACAAUGCAAGUGACGCGACGCGGUGGGACACAAAAUUGUAUAUAAUCGUGAAAAAUUGUGAAAAUUUAGAAUCAAAAGGUAAUUAUUGUGUGAAAUAAUUAUUAUUUAGGCUGGAAAUAUUAUUUGUGCAAUAUUAAAAAACAUCGUAAUAUGUUUUUCAGUGCAAAGUGUGGUAAUUGAGGUUAUGUCGUCCAUGGAAGAUGGGCAAAUUCUUCAGGAUUCUCUCAAAUUUAAAGGUGAUUCAGAGCUCCGAGACUUCCGGGAUUAUUUCGGGAAUGAAGUGGACCUUAUCAAUUUGCAGUCAGAUGUUACAGAACCACCCUUGAAUACUGUAGUAAGGGAUCCGGACGAUCUUAAUGAUGCCGAAAGUGGAAGUGUAGACAGAGGAAUUUUUGUCCCUGAACUUAACUUUUCUAUCCUUCUUGAAGUUGGUCCAGAGCCUCCAAGUGAAUCUGGGAGUGUGUUGGAACACAUCCAGUCGCUGCCAGAUGAUUCUGAAAACAAUUCUAAUACGAUAAAAAGGGAUAAAGAAGAGGCAGAAAACGAAGAAGUCUGGGACGAUGUCAAAUUACCAGUUCGGAAGAAAAGAGCAAAGCCUGAUUCAUGGGCACAGAAUUUGAGAAAAGCGUCAAGAGAUAAAGGUGAGGAAUACGUAAACAGAAAUGGUAUCAUUAUCCCUUAA